AUCAGCUGUUUAUAAAUCAUGCUUUUGUUAACAUAAAGAAAGUUUUAAAUGCGGUUUCUCGGAACUUUGAGCAAUUUUAGCAAAUUAUUGAAUCAUUCCUUUGCCCGGAAUAUCCCCAAACGCAGAAUGGCCUGCAGCAGAUUCGAGUACGUCAAAUCCUUUGAGCAGGACGACAGCAUUUUGCCCAAUGUGUGGAUAGUAAUACGAAUCGAUGGUAAAAAGUUCCACAAGUUUUCCAAGACACACGAUUUUGAGAAGCCCAACGAUGAGAAUGCUCUCAAUGUUAUGAAUGCAGCCGCCACGGCAGUGUUGCAGGAGUUCCGGGAUAUUGUUAUUGCCUACGGCCAGAGUGAUGAGUACUCUUUUGUUUUUCGUAAGGAGACGGCUGCCUUUAAGCGACGAUCCGCCAAACUACUCACCUAUGUCACCAGUUUGUUCUCCACGAGCUAUGUGAUGCAGUGGUCCAAGUGGAUGAAUAUGCCAUUGGCCUAUGCUCCCUGUUUCGACGGUCGGGUUGUCUUGUAUCCUUCAGAGCAGAACUUAAAAGAUUAUCUCAGCUGGCGGCAGGCGGAUGUGCAUGUCAACAACCUCUACAACACAGCAUUUUGGAAACUAGUUUUGGAAAAGGGUUUAACGAACCAGGAGGCGGAGGCGAAGCUGCGAGGUACCUUCUCCGCGGACAAGAACGAGUUGCUCUUCCAAGAAUUCGGCAUAAACUACAAUAAUCUACCGGCCAUGUACAGGAAAGGAACGAUUCUGCUCAGGAAACGCGUUGUUAUAGGUGACAAAAGCAGACAGGCAGUAGUGCCGCUGCACGAGGAUCUAAUUUCUUCACAAUUUUGGAAGCAACACACGGAGAUAUUGGGCAAAUAUGUGCCUGGGACUUAUAAUGCUCCAGAGCCUCUACCUAGAUUGAUUGAUUUACAACUGAAUGCCAAGCAUGUCGACGAGGAUGAGGAAGAGCCACAGAAUCUGGCUGGAAUUAGCUGAUAGUUAAACUUAUGGCAAUAUAUUUUAAGAUUAAAAUUACGAAACAACCCAAAA